CAAUAUCACUGUGGCGCUCAAGCAGAAAUGCAAGGUGUUUGUGAAUGGCCAAAAAAUGAGAACUCCAGUCUCCCCCUCUCCUGGCCUGAACAUCCGUAAGAAGUCUUCCCAUAUCUACGUGAAGACGGACUUUGGUCUGACAGUGAAAUUCGGUGGACAUUGUAAAGCAGUAAUCACUCUUCCAAACUUCUACAAAAGGAGAGUGGUGGGCUUGUGUGGGAACUUUGAUGGUCGAAAAGGAAAUGACCAGAUAAAAUUAGAUGGCACCAUGGCACACAACACGCAAGAGUUUGGCGACAGCUGGAUAGUUUAAGCUGGAUGAAUGUUGAAGGGGAGAGUAAAAGAUCUGUCAAUAAAAGAGUCUACUCAAAUCUUGUUACGCUUUAUAU